UAAAAGAAACAAGCUCUCUUGCUUCCAUGUAGUUAAUUUUUUGACAUUGAAUCUCCAUUCCAAAACCAGAAUACAAGUAAACAGGUUACAAUGGCAACAUCUCCCAAGGCUAUCUUCUUCCUUGCCUCGGCCCUUUGCUUCUUAUCCCUCCUCGGUAUUGUUGAUGCCCAAGCUCCUGAACAAUUCUUCGUGGAGGGGAAGGUUUACUGUGACAACUGCCGCGCCCAGUUCGUAACCAAGAUCAGCAAGUACAUGGCAGGUGCAAAGGUGCGAUUGGAGUGCAGGGACCGUGAAGGCGGGGACAUAACCUAUUCCGUCGAUGGUGAGACCGACGAAUCAGGAACCUACCGUAUUAAGGUGGAGGGAGACCACGAGGAGGAGGUCUGUGAGGUUUCACUCGUACAAUCGAGCGACCCUGAAUGUAGUGAGAUCGACAAGGAAAAUUUCCUUAGGAAGAGUGCUCGGAUUAGCCUCACCAAAUACAGUGGCAUCACCUCCGACAGCCGCCUUGCCAACCCUCUUGGCUUCAUGGUCAAGAAACGUCUGCCCGAGUGCACCGAAGUCCUCAGGGAACUAGGAAUCACCGCUGCUGGCUUCGUAUAAAGGAACCGCAUUAGUUUAUAGCAAAACAAAGUGAAAGUUCAUCCAUGUAUCGAAUAAGAAACUGAGUUUUCCCUUGGUUUUUCCCAAUCUUUUUAGGCAAUAUCCUCUAGCCUAAGGAUUACCCCAUUAGUUAUGAACCAGUACUCCUAUUUAUCAUAGUUGGUGAGUUUUUGCAACAAGAGUUCCAAAGUCUGCUGUUCCUGCUAUAUAUAUCUUGCAUGUACUGUGCUUAUUGUUCAAAACAGCUGGAUUUUUUACAUGAAAUUCAUGAGGGAUUCUA